AUGGUUCAUCAAAAAGUCACAAUCAUUGGUGGUGGUCCAGCUGCCUUAACUGCUGCUUUAUAUUUAUCAAGAGCUGAAAUCAAACCAACUUUAUAUGAAGGUUUAUUAGCUAAUGGUAUUGCUGCUGGUGGUCAAUUAACAACAACUACUGAAAUCGAAAACUUCCCAGGUUUCCCAGAUGGUUUAACCGGUUCUGAAUUAGUUGAAAGAAUGAAACUUCAAGCUGAAAAAUUUGGUACUGAAGUUAUUACUGAAACUAUUUCAAAAGUUGAUUUAUCUUCAAAACCAUUCAAAUUUUGGACUGAAUGGAAUGAAGAUGCUGAACCAAUUACUACCGAUUCUAUUAUCUUAGCCACUGGUGCUUCAGCUAAAAGAUUAGAUUUACCAGGUGAAGAACAAUAUUGGCAACAAGGUAUUUCAGCAUGUGCAGUUUGUGAUGGUGCUGUUCCAAUCUUCAGAAACAAACCUUUAGCUGUUGUUGGUGGUGGUGAUUCUGCUUGUGAAGAAGCCUUAUUUUUGACGAAAUAUGGUUCAAAAGUUUAUCUAAUUGUUAGAAAAGAUCAUUUAAGAGCAUCCACAAUUAUGCAAAGAAGAGUUCAAAAAAAUGAUAAAUUAGAGAUUUUAUACAACACGGUUUCUGUUGAAGCUAAAGGUGAUGGUAAAUUAUUAAAUGCCUUAGCUAUUAAAGAUGUCAACACUAAUGAAGUUAGAGAUUUACCAGUUAAUGGUUUAUUCUAUGCUAUUGGUCAUACUCCAGCUACUAAAAUUGUUCAAGGUCAAGUGGAUACUGAUGAAAAUGGAUACAUCAAAACUAUUCCAGGUUCAACUUUCACUUCAGUUGAAGGUUUCUUCGCUGCUGGUGAUGUUCAAGAUCAUCGUUAUAGACAAGCUAUUACAUCCGCAGGUACUGGUUGUAUGGCUGCUUUAGAUGCUGAAAAAUAUUUGUCUGAAUUAGAAUAA